GGGUUAGCUCCAGUUGCAAUUUUGCUUUCUGUCAAAAUAUGCCUAUCCCUUUAAGUUUUAAUCACGUCAUCAUCGUGUGCCGCCUGUAACCUGACCGAAGGAAGGUUUUUCUGUUGCUGUUGCUGGAGAAUUAACAAUGUCGGGAAGUUUCUAUUUUGUUAUGGUUGGCCACCAUGAUAACCCAGUGUUUGAAAUGGAGUUUCUGCCAGCAGGAAAAGCGGAGUCGAAGGACGACCACCGGCAUCUAAACCAGUUCAUAGCCCAUGCUGCUCUUGACCUGGUUGAUGAGAACAUGUGGGCAUCAAACAACAUGUACCUCAAAACAGUGGACAAGUUUAAUGAGUGGUUUGUCUCUGCCUUUGUCACAGCUGGACAUAUGAGAUUUCUCAUGCUCCAUGAUGUAAGGCAAGAAGAUGGGAUAAAGAACUUUUUCAAUGAUGUGUAUGAUUUAUAUAUAAAGUUUGCGAUGAAUCCUUUUUAUGAACCAAAUGCCCCCAUUCGAUCAACCGCCUUUGACAGAAAAGUUCAGUUUCUUGGCAAGAAGCACCUCUUGAGUUAAUGUCUACUGCAUUGUGCUGCAAAUAAAGCUGCUGAGAUUUGAACUGUGUUUUUAUAUUGAACUGUGCUUAUUGUAAUGUAUUUUCCAUGAUGGCAAUUCCCACUUUAAUUACAAAACAUUUUCUAAGACAAAAGGUAAGCUGUGGGAAAGGAUGUAUUCCAAAAAUACACUGACCUGUUUAUUACUGUCAAGCAAUAAAGAUGUUGCUGUUUCAUUA